CAGACCAAAGUCCAUGGAGAAAAUCAGAGAUUUUAGUUCACAGACACAGCUGUUGUUACCAAGUUUAAAUGUGAAGAUUUCUACAUUAUUUGGGCCACGCAGAAGGAAAAAUAUAAUAUUACGAGAUGAAAGCUGUAAUGAUGUAAAAAGUCUAAAAAGUAUGAAAUUUCAGGUGUAAAUUCGCUGACGUUUUUUGGAGGAGACGUGAGAAAAGUGCACAGGUUUAACUGUCAGAGCGUCAGAAUAAGAACCAUGGAGGAUCUCGUACAAUUGUACUUUAGUACUGGUUUCACAACUCAUCAUCAUCAUCAUCAUCAUCUUCAUCUUCUGGCUCAUCAGCCUGACGUCAUCAUCAGAACCACACGGACCCGGGUGAAGUUUGUGAUUGUACGAAAUGACGAACUCCUAUUCGCCGAGGUAAACGGACACAACCGCCGUGUCACCGAGGUCAGGUGCACUUACGUUUCUGAACCAGCAGAUGGCGCGUAUCGCCCAUUUAAAUGUAACUGCCCCAAAACCAAACGGCUUUAUUUUGAAAACUGCACCAAAGCGUGUGAACAGAGUCGUGUGAACAGAGUCGUGUGAAAACCGUCAGCAGAAACGAUAUCGGUCCACAGACGUGUAGUCGAUAACAUGGUCGAUCGUUCUGUCGUUGACGUUUCUCCGCCCACUGAAAGUUGGCGUGAGUUGUUAGCGGAAACAGAAACGUUUACUCUGACACCUCCAGCGGGCGCUGUGCUAUCGAAGUGAGGCUAACUUGACCGUCCUCUGUGCCAGAACUUGAAGAGUUUAGUUCAGGUCCCGGAGCGGGUCCGUCCUGAGGCCUCGGUACCGGAGGAUAUGUCCCGGUGUUUAGUUCACUUCGAGCGACUUUCCGACAGAAACCCCAGCAGAAUCGUCGCUGAGCAGCGGAACACUGACGGCCGCAGAGACCGGCACAGACGCAACUUGUGUUCGAGAUCAGCGGCAGUCUCUGCGGGGAGACCGCGCUCACAGAACCGGUCAAACGAGGUGUUUUUACAGGUCUGUUGAUAGUCCGCCAUGCCCCGACACCGACUCUUCAGAGCCCUGGGUCUGGUUCUGAGGCCGGAUCCUCCUGCGGUGAGGCGGGUCCCACCGCCGUGCUCCGUGCCUCCUCCCCCGGGGCCAGCGGCUCUGUGUGGCCACAGGUGGAUGGGGACCCACGGCAGGAAGGAGCCGCGGGAGCCGCUGAAUUCUCCACCGAGAGCCAAAGAGUUUAUUUACCGUCUGCAGCCGGCAGAGAGGAGCAGUCUGCUGCAGGAGCUGCAGAACUUCCAGUCCAGAGCCACGGCACAAGAGACUCUGGACACUGGUCCACCAACAGCCGCUCAGAUCAAACACGUUCUACUCCACAACGCCGUCCCCUUCGUGGGCUUUGGUUUCCUGGACAACGCCAUCAUGAUCGCAGCUGGAACGCAGAUCGAACUGUCCAUCGGAGUCACUCUAGGAAUCUCCACCAUGGCUGGUGAGAACGAAAAUCUCUGUUUUCUCCAUGGACUUUGGUGUGUGUGUGUGUGCCAGAUUCUC